AUGGAAGUCGACGAAACAAACGAACCGAGUCGCAGUCCGUUUGAUCCGGACAGUUUGGUCGAAUACGAUCCGGAGGUUUUCAACAAUGCUGACGACCGUGGACCGGCGGCCAAUAGCACCGUUGCGGCAACCCCCGAAAUCCCGUUGGAAGAAACACCGCUGAUGCGAUGCCGAGCUUGUGGUGCUCUGUUUCGCACUCGCUCGGAAAUCUCACGCCACGUACUGGACACGCACGUUUCCCAGUCCGCUGCUCCGCAACCGGUGGUAGUGCUGCUCGUGACCGAAAAAGAGGCCCGUUCCAUGGCGUGGAGAACUCCGGAUCCAAGGCGAACGUACGUAUGUGGCAGCUGCCGAAGCUACGUUGGCUAUACGCUCCUCGAAAUACAGCGGCACAUGCGGGCUCACGUGUGUAAAGACGACAAUCCGCCUCCGUACGAUUCCGUCGUCCCACCGUCGGUAGACGGAGCCGAUACGGACGUACCGGCAUCAUCGGCCCGCUCGGUGGCCGGUACUAGUCGGUUCGGCUCGCAGUCGAGAGCGUCUUCCACCACGCCAUACGUGCCCUCAUCCUCUUCGGCCGCCGCUCGUUCGUACAGCAGUACGACCUCUUCCGACGACGACCUGGACAGUGACAGGCAGAUAAAAACUAUCGGAAAGUCUUUCCGUCGAGUUCUCUCCCAAGCAAGGCACUGCCCACCGGAUGACGAUAAAUCCGACGUCGUCCGGUAUCUGCGUGCGACGACGAUGAAAUCGUUGAUGGCCAAGACAAAAGCAGAAGCGAGGUACAAGUGCUCACGCAAAGGCUGUCCGUAUCGAUUCGCGUCGCUCGUCAAUCGCGAUCAGCAUCUCCGCUGCCACGCGAACGAUCUGACGGUCUCCGCGAUGGUUGCCGGUGUCGGCUCUCCCAGGGCCGGUCCCCACCACGGCAAUCAACAACGGUUCGGUUUCAAGUGCUUUCAAUGCGACCAAAAGUACGAAACCUGGAGAAAGUGUAUGACACACCUGUGGAACGAUCACCGCACCGAUCUCGGCAUGUUCCGGUGUAAGCUGUGCGACAAGCGGUUCAAUUAUGUAGUUCACCUCUACCAGCACCUGCAAACACAUCGACCGAAGGAGCUCCGUGACGUCGGUUGUCGCUUCUGUGACCUACUGUUUGCCAACCGGGCCCAGCGUUCCGUACACGAAGCUUUGCACCGCAAACACGAACAGGAGAAACCUCGCUGGUACUACGAACAGCAGUGCAGCAUUUGCCAUCACAUGUUUUCGAACGCCAAAAUCCUCUCGAAACACAUCAAAACGGUCCACCACAAGAUAAAGCCUUUCAUUUGCAACGUUUGCGGCUACAAGUCGGCCCGAAAGUAUACGCUCACCAUUCACAUGCGGCAGCACUCGGGCCAAAAGCCGCUGGCGUGUAAAAGCUGCCCGUUCCGAGCGGCCGACCCAAGCGUGCUGCACUACCAUGAACGACGCCACCGGGAAGAGAGGAUGUACCAGUGUCGUAGUUGCGGAUACACCACAGUCCAACCGAGCGGACUGAAGCCCCACAUCCAGGCGCACCAUCCGCGCGAGUACGAGCGCAUCAAGUGCAAGCUGUGUAGCUUCGCGUCGGUCAAUCCCGAGAAGCUGAAGCGGCACUGUGCGGACCACGAGGCGGGACUGAUCAAGGGGCACGAGGAAGAUUCGCGCGAGGCCGACAACGGCGCAAGCUUGCCGGCGGAAUCCAAGCGGCCGCCCAAGAGUGUCCUCGAAAUCUCAUCCGACUGCUUCCUUCCGCUGGAGAGCGUCGAUUCGAUGGUGCACGAUGCCGGUGGCAUUACAAUACCCGCGGCAGUCAUCAGCGUGCCCAGCACUCACUCGGAGGAUACCCAAUUCCCCGCCUAAGGUCUACCGGGUUGACGAAUCGAAGCAAACCAAAGUAUGCGU